AUGAAAGUGACGUCGUUUAGGUCUAAUUGGAAUUCCGCUAGUUUCCCUUUCCUUCGCCUUCUAUUCCACCUGAAUCCGAAGAGAAAUCUAAAACCCUACCGCUCCGCUCUGUGGGAAAUCACUAAAUUUGGUACCUCAAAUUCCCAAUAUUACCCCUAAAAAGAUGCUAAAUUUCCUUUAAUUACCAUGUCUUCCGAGGAAAUCAGCCUCCAGAACGGGCUCAACGUUUUCCAGGCCGACCCUAUACGGGCCUUUAAUUGAGGACCCCAAUCUACUACUCGACCCGGCCCCAAAACCCGAGAACUCACCGGCUUCAUCGACGACAAGAUGUUCUCCUUCCCUCCCUCCCAACCCUCCGAGUUUCGCUCCUCUAACAUCUUCUCCGCCGCCGCCGCUACUGCUGACGCCGCUUCCGCUGACCGCCGAGACCCUCCAAACCACCACCAUCGGAAUUGGGAGAGAAGCGCCCGUGGUUUCUCCACAAACAGCGGCGACGACGAAUCUGACGAAGACGACGUGGAUGAUGAGGAAGACGAGGAUGAUGACGGCCACGACGGAGGAGAUGGCGACCAAAAUGAUAAUAACCACAAUAGUAGUAUAAACAUAAAUAAUAGAAGUAAUAGUGGAAAUGAGACUGUUAAUAAUGCAGGAAGUGGAAACCCCGAAAAAAUGGGAAACGGAAAAGCAAAGCAUUCCUUCGUUGGAGGGAGCUGCAGGGAAUUGGUAGUGAAGGAAGGAGGGAUUGGGCAAGGUGUGAGAGAGGGUAAUAAUUAUCAGAAUGCGGUGACGAUUGCCGGUCCCGAUGGGGAUAUUUAUUACACGCAGUUUUUACUAGGUGGAGAAGGGUCUGCUGCUAGUGGUGGUGGUAACGGUCAGAAGGAUAUCUUGGUGGAGAAUGGUGGUGGAUAUGGGUUUAGUGGGAGGAAAGAUGUUCCAUUUUUUAGUGAGUCUGGUGAGUCCUUGCGGGACAUUUUAUCCGACCCUGUCACGAGAGCUCUCAUGGAUGAUGCGAUGAUAUUACCUUGUGGACAUUCCUUUGGUGCUGCUGGAAUACAGCAUGUUCUUAGAAUGAAAGCUUGCUGCAUUUGUUCAGAUUCAGUUUCAGAGGAGUUGGUGGCUCCUAAUCUUUCUCUCCAAGCUGCAGUGCAGGCAUUUCGUCGGGAAGAAGAGUUACAAUUCUACCGCUCACCUAAAAGGAGGAGAGAAAGAUUUGAACAGGAUAAGAGUAGCUAUGGCGAAUCAAAUAUCAUGGAUCCGCCAAGGGGUAGGGGUGUCCAGUUUCCAUUUGCCGUGACAGACCGGGUUAUCAUAAAGGGUAACAAGAGGACACCACAACGCUUUGUAGGACGUGAAGCUAUUGUAACUACACAAUGCUUGAAUGGAUGGUAUGUGGUGAAGACGUUGGACAAUGCAGAGAGUGUUAAACUUCAGUAUCGCUCGCUUGCCAAAGUUGCAGGCGAGACAUUGUCAUCAAAGCCAAUGUCAAGCAAGAUGAGACCGAACUGGUUGUAGAUCACCUACGCUGCACAUUGUUAAAUGGGGGCCUUGCCAGUAAUCUAACUUCAAAUGUUCAGCUGUACUAUUAUUAUUACAGUGUUUCAUGAAACCGAACCUAGAGUGUCUUAUAAUCCUUGCAAAUUACCCAAACGCUUCUAUCACUUUGUACCUUACAUACAAUACUUGAACAUAUGUAAUCAUUUUUGUUUUAUAUUAUACUAGUAUGGUUUUCCA